AUGACGCGAUUUCGCCACCAGGAGGCCGGGAAGGUGCAGAGCCCCGUCCCUGCUAUCCUGACAUUUCUGCAGGAGCUGCUGGAUAACGGUCUGGCUUUCUCCACCGUCAAAGUGUAUUUCGCCGCUAUAUCGGCUUGUCACGUCGGUUUUGGGGAUAAGACGGCUGGCCAGCAUCCUCUUAUCUGUCAGUUCAUGAAGGCAGCGCGGCGGCUUCGCCCGGUAUCCAGGAGCUUGACUGCGCCCUGGAAUUUAUCCUUGGUGCUCGAAGCUGUGUCACGCACACCUUUUGAGCCACUUCAGCAGGUGGACCUGCGGAUGCUCUCCCUGAAAACGGCUUUAUUACUCGCGCUAGCGUCUGCGAAACGCGUGAGUGAUAUCCAUGCGUUAUCGGUGAACCCGGCCUGCAUGCAGUUUUUCAUGGGGGGACAUAAGGUUUUAUUGAAACCUAACCCCGCAUUUGUGCCUAAGGUUUUUAACCAGGCAACUUCGUAUCGCCCUAUCGAGUUGGCGCCGUUUUAUCCCCCUCCUUUCGCGACGCAGGAGCACGAGGCGCUUAACGCGCUCUGCCCUGUGCGCGCGCUGAGGGCGUAUGUUGACAGGACAGCCGGACUCAGGAAGUCCGAGCAGCUGUUUGUGUCAUGGGCCGCAUCACAUCUGGGAGAACCGCUCACUAAGCAGCGUUUAUCUCACUGGAUCGUGGACGCUAUUAGCAUAGCUUAUAACAGCAGGGGGUUGCAACCUCCUGCGGGGCUGCGCGCACAUUCCACGCGUGGUGUGGCCGCGUCUUGGGCGCUUUUCCGGGGGGUUUCUGUGGAAGAGAUCUGUGCGGCUGCCAGUUGGGCAUCGCCUCACACUUUCACCAGAUUCUAUAACCUGGAUGUUACUGCGCCAUCAGUGUCUCAUGCUGUGUUAGGCGUGGGUUCUGUACCCAAUGUGUCUGCCUGA